UGUGAAUUUGAUGUCGCUUAGUCAGUGGGAAAAAAGGAUUGGAUCCUUUGUUGAUCGCCCAAACUUGUUGUCGCUCUCAGUAUUCUGUCGCUGUCAGUAUAGUAUCUCAAUAUCUCUCGUUAUUCCUUUGCUUUGUCUGCGGGACCGUACCACAUGUAAGUGUAUAUUUUUCCAUCUCCCUGAUUUGUUGAUUAAUUUUGGUCGUCUUUCAGGGUUUUCAUUCAAAAGUUGCCUUGUCGUUCGGCUCGUGUCUUGAAGGAAAGCCACUGCCCUCCUGAUGACGAGCUCCAUGCCGUUCGAGACUAUCCAAAUUAUUAUGAUGCACUCUAUUAUCCUGAAUACCAUCUCGUAUAUUAUGAAACACCUGAAAAUUUUUGCAUGUGGCUUAAAGCCUCUCUCGCCUCACACUCGUUGUCUUGUCUGACUUGUGACUCGUCCGGCUUUGAUGGAUGCAUCUCAUAUGAUGGUGUUUGUAUUACUAGGCUGGUUACCGCCAUUGUAAUACACGACUUUCCUAGAUGGAUGUACUACAGUGACGGUGUUGUAGAGGUGAAUUUGUCAUCUCUUUUUGAUAAAGUUCUUCUUGACUGUGUAUGCCGGCUCUCUUUACCCAGGGAGCGAUCAAAAAAAAGUCGCUUGCAUGCGGUGCUAUCGCAUUUUACAUAUACUAGGAUGACAUUACUCCGAUCGGACGAAGACCGGCUGCGAGCGAUACUCUCGAGUGCCACUGUACACGCACAAUGUACUUCGCCACUCUUGCCUCUGCUGGCAACAUAUUUCAGCAGUUUAUAUGGGGAUCGCAUUUGUGACCUUGAGGAUUCCAAGGGCCAUUACUCUGCUUUAUUGAACACUUACGAUCUGCGUGGCACAAGGGUUCAGUCUCCUGACGUCCGUGACGAGCACGGUGUCCGAAUUCAUGUCAGUGAAUAUAAGACAAAGCUUACGGAGGGCACAAUUGUGGAGUUGGAGGUCAUUCUGAAGCUCUGGACCAUUAAACCCCGUAGCAACAAUGCUUCCAACCCUCGCGAUGCAAACGGCUCCCGCAUUUAUCAGAUGAUGCUACAGCAUAUGCAGCUGCUGCCAUGUGAGAAGUACAUGCAGGCUGCCUUCGUCAACUCGAUCAAAGAUGGUAGGGAGAAAAGGAAGGCUACCAAUGAGGCAUCAGAGGCAAUGGUCAUGGAGAAGGAUGACACGGGUGGUGCGUCAUCUUUGGCUUCUGCAUUGUCCACGCUGUCCUUGGCUGCAGCGCCACAGGGGGGAAAGACCGUUUGCAACGUAUGCGGCCUCUACUAUAAGCUUCACGGCUCUGCUCGUCCCAUUAGUAUGAAAUCCGAUAUUAUUCGGAAGCGCUCUCGACAUGACACUCGUGCGCAGCGCUCCUCCCUCACCGAGCCCCCAAGCGCAUCUAACACGCCUGGCACUCCUUCCGUUAUUAGGGAAUAG